AUGCUUCAGGUAGAAAAUGUACGACAUAGGGGACAGGUAGCUGCUCUUAAAGCUGAGCCAAACGACGUCGAAGGUGGCUCAGCUAUUAAACUUGAGAUAGCUAUACUUCGUGCAAUGACAGAGGAUGGAGAAAAACCUCAUAUCCCUAAUGUCUUUCAUGCAGCAAAACACAAGAAAUACUGCUACAUGGUAAUGACGUUGCUGGGUGAAAAUCUGAAGUCUCUUAAGAUUAAUUGCCCCAGAGAACUUAUGACUCCUCAAACCUGGAGCCGACUUGCCGUUCAAUGUUUAUACAGUGUAAAACUCGUUCAUGAUUAUGGUUAUAUUCACCGAGAUAUAAAACCUAACAAUUUUGUAAUGGGACACAAAGACGACUGCCAAAGAGCUCGUAUAGUUCACGUACUAGAUUUUGGACUUGCACGAUCAUACGCUGCAUUGAAAAAUGGUAAAUGGAUUGCACGAAAAGCCAGAGGUUCCGCGGAGUUCAGAGGAACACUUCGUUAUUGCUCGCCUAAUGUUCAUGAAAAGAAAGAACAGAAAGGAAAAGAGGAAUUUGUCGGAAAUGAUUAUUGUUCUCAGCAAACCUAUGAGAACGUCAUCUUACAGGGUCGACGAGAUGAUUUAUGGUCCUUGUUUUACGUUCUUAUUGAACUUCACUGCGGAUUGCCAUGGCAAACAAUAAGGGACAAACAUAAGGUCGAAACUAUGAAGAUGAAUAUGUCUGACAAGCAUUUAGUACAGAAUUUUCCGCCUGAACUGCGUGACAUUGUCCCAUACUUAAGAACUUUGGACUGCUAUCAGCGGCCAGACUACAGUAUGUUUUAUGAUGGAUUAGUAGCACUUAUGAAAAGGCUUGGUACAAAACCAUCAGAUCCAUACGAUUGGGAGACGAAAGAACAGGUGGAAAAAGUGUUAAAAUACUCUACGAAGCCCGCAGCAUGGGAAGACGCAGCACAAUUUUUUAAAUCAGAUCCUGUAAACAUACAUGCACCGCCGUUAAAAGUAUCCAAUCAGGUAACAUAUCAGUUUUCUAGAAUCUUACUUAGUGCAUUUAAGCAUAAUGCAAAAAUCCAUAUUUGA